AUGGCUACCUCAGCCAUAUUAUGUGCUUUCUGUCUCUUCCUUUUCCAUCUCCAAAGCACGAGAGGGGAUAACAACAAACAGAAUAACUGCAACACCUUGCGAUGCGGCGAUAUAGAAAUUCAGUUUCCUUUCGGGUUGAAAGAAUCCAACCAAGAUCGUAGCUGCAGGUAUUUUCCAAUUCCAACUUUCCAACUUUCAUGCAUCAACCAGACAAAAACCAUUGUAAACCUUCCAGGUUUCGGGAACUUAACUGUGAAAAACAUCGAUUACGCAUCCCAAAGCAUCCGAGUCAACGACCCCGAUGGGUGCCUUCCAAAACGGUUCUUACACGGGUGGAACCUUUCGGAUUCACCUUUUUUUCUGAACCCCUUGAUUUAUGGAUCAAGUCCCUUCAACCUCACUUUCAUGCGAUGCCCUUCAAACGUGACGGACUCAUCUCGAUACCCGUUAAUGCCAAUUUCGUGCCUGAGCGACAACAGAAACUAUUCGGUGAUAGCCUCGUGGUCACAACCUAUUGUGUCGUCAACGACGAUGUCGGAACAGUGUCAAGUCAUGUCUCAAGCUCUUGUUCCUCUCCCAGUCUUGGACAUGCCUAUGUGGCCCUUCUGGCCCGAUCUCAACUCAGACCUUGAAUUGGUGUGGACCGAACCAAGGUGCAGCGAUUGUGCACUCAGUGGUCAAGCUUGUGGCUUCACUAAUCAGAAAAACAAAAGUCUUCGAGUUGGGUGCUUUCCUAGGGACUCCAGCAAAGGUCUUUCACGAAGUGCGAAAUAUGGGUUAUCCAUAGGAGUGGGAAUACCAGGACUCUUAUGCCUAAUCGGGAUUUCUUGCUUUAUUUGCGGUAAGCUAAGGAUGGUGAGGCACCGUGAACGUGGUGGCAGAGAUGUUCCGAUGACAAUUUCCCUGGAACCAAUUCCAUUGGUAACGGGUCUUGACGGUGCCACCAUUGAAAAGUAUCCGAAAACUCUUAUCGGAGAGAGUGGUCGGUUAUUGAAGGCCAAUGACAACACCUGCGCAAUUUGCCUCUCUGAAUAUGAACCCAAAGAGACUCUGAGGAGCAUACCCGAAUGCCACCAUUAUUUUCACGCAGAUUGCAUAGAUGAGUGGCUCAGAUUAAAUGCCACCUGCCCCCUCUGUAGGAAGUCGCCGGAGACAUCCGCAGCUUCCUUUUCUUCCUUUUCUCCCACUUCCUCUCUCUCCUCUCCACAAUAG